AUGUCUGAUAUCAAGUCCAAAGGCGGAGCCACCAUCGAGGAAGGCGACACUGUUUCUACACCGUAUCGAGGAGGCAAGCAUGAAGGCAAGGUCGAGCAAAUUGUUACCGACGACAAGGAGGCACAGAAUUUAGGUGCCAAAGGAACCAACCAUGCUCCUGCCGUGGUUUUCACCGAUCAGAAUAAUAAAAAGGUCGCGCAUAAGCCUGGUACAGUCACUGAUCUGGACAAGGAGUCUUGA